AGCGCCUGUUUCAUUUCUUUUGACUGCACUGCAGGCAGCAUCUUCAAGUCGACAACAAUUUCCGCUAGAUGUCCAACGUAAAUGAACUGUUGGGCGACAACAAAACAACGGUUCCCAGCCAUGCAAUCAGCGGCCUAAACGACGCCGUCUCACAAUUUCUUAAUUAUCCUUUCGCGACAGAUAAGGCGUACCAGGAAGGUCUCGCGGGUAUAAUCGACAACAACGCCAUGGAUGGGAAAUCUGAAGAACAAAAACAGGAGAUAUUACGACGAACUCGGAUAUUCUAUUUUAAUCGGAUCGCAUCACAACAACUAACUCCCGAGAACGUCGCAGCCUACGAACAAAAUCUGAACAUUGCUCAUAUGAACCCUACCUCGGCUCCUCUCAAUUCCUCUUGCCCAUAUCCAGACACGCAGCGAAAUGAAUCACGUACUUUGAGCUUUGCUGAGUUGAAAGCCUUGAUUGAGGAAGGCAAGACCGAGAAUAUCCCAAAUAAUAGGGUCAUCCCUGAAUCCUUAAACGAAGCACCUCCUAGCGAAUCCACUGCACCGGUGAGGAAGAAACCUUGGGAGGUUGCCAACCAAUAAUGAAGAUCACACAUUGGUCAGAUAUUUAGCCUGUUUGAUGUCCCGAAUUGAUUAAUUGUGUAAGA